AUGCUGACAUCGCCGGUAGCAAGCACAUCAUUAUCGUCGACCGUAGAAGUAGAAUCGCCAAGUUCUGUUUUUCUUAUUACGUCUCAGACUGCGCUUGUUAAUCUCUCUUCAAGUUUUGCGUCCGCAUACUCCAAGCUAACAACGUCAGAAGCAGCCACAUUUAAAACUGUAUCAUCAUCGCCUAUUGCUGGAGUCUAUUCACUCACUUCAACACAAGCUGCGGGGAUCCCAAGUCAUUCCUUUGGAAUAUCUUUGUCGUCGAUUUCGGAAGUACGAUCAGCAACGUCUUCGAUAUCUACCACGUUUUUAUCUGUUUCAUUGACAAGCCCAUCCCCAACCCCUUCAGAAAGUUCCGGAGAUGCUAUUUCGUCGAGAGCUAGUUCAUCUACGAUACUCGAAACAUUCAGCAGGGUUUCUUCGUCUUCAAGUAUGACAGUGGGUUCACCUUCAUUCGUGACGUCAACCAGCUCUUAUAUAUCUGUCACAUUUUCAACAAUUACAAUUGCAACACCAAAACCAGAAAUUUUGAAAACAUUCCGCGUAACAAUGACAAUAACAAACAGAGAGUAUAGCAUAGCUCUCGAAGACAAAAAAGGUACGAAAUUUAAAGGCUUAGCGGAGGAAAUCCAGAAUGAAGUUUACAAGGCACUCGGAGGGCUUGAAGGUUUCGUGAACUCGACGGUGGAGAAAUUUAGUGAAACUAACAGCGUUCGAUGUCAGCUAAGUGUUAUUUUUAACUCGUCAAAUAUUGAUGAUGGAAUGAUAAGGGAGGGGCUUGGGGUUAAACUUGGAGACCUGGAAAUAGCGAAUGUGCAAGUUGUGGACAAGUUCACAACUACCACACCUACAGAGAAGGCAACCACUAAGAAGCCCAUAGAAGGAGGUAAUGUUUUCCAAGUCAAAAUGAAAAUAUCCAACCAGGACUACACUGAUGAACUUAGCAAUUCGUCCAGCGCGAAAUUCAAGGAACUGUCUAAGGACCUAACCUCCAUCCUUACAAACGUUUUCAAAGAAAAAGUUAGAGGUUUUAGUCACGUAGUAAUCGUUGAAUUCCGAAAGGGAAGUGUUAUAUGUAUUUUUCAAGUCUUCGUUACGAAAGAAUCUGAAGUAACAGCUGAGGACAUAAAACAAACAUUAUCAGACGCAAGAGACACAGGGAAGUACACUUUCACGGAUAUUACAGUGAAAGAAAUAACGAUGAAACAGACUGGACGGAGACUAAAAUGGCCAGAUUGGGCGAUUAUUGUGACCAGCCUUUGCGGAGUGAUGCUGUUAUUCAUCAUCGUCACUAUUUUCCUGGUACGAUAGCUAGCUAAGUCAGUAGUAACCUGUGUAUGUUGAAGGGUAAAUCACAUUGAGCUGCAUAGACACAAGGAAUUCGCAAAGUAAAUACCUUUUUCCGUCACUUUUCUACUGUGUAUUUGAAAUGAAAGAAAGGUGUCAAGUGGGUGAGGAAUCCGUAGAUAUCUUAAGGAGUUUUACCGUCGUCAUAUUCGUUUUCCCAAAACUUAUCGUUACUACACGAUCACUUUGUUGUUUUCUAUCGUUAAGCAUUCCGUUAAUGCCCUUGCGAAGGGAGACUUCCACAUGAAACAACGCUAACUUAGAAGUGUAAAUUGCAGACUUUCUCCAUUAGCAAUUUCAAGGUGUUCAGAGCGGAGAGGGAAUUAUUUACCCACAGAGUGAUCACUAAGGGUUGCGCGUGAGGAGAUUAAGAAAAAAAAGGCAGUUAAUGACAAAGUCUUAUCGCAAUUAAAACCACUUUAGCUGUACCUGUUUGUUUUGGAACUAUCUCUUUGGGUGUAAAAUCCGGCUUAUGCCACCAAGAUUUAUCUCGUUGAGGGCUGAUUCGGAUGAGUCUCUCACCCCCACCAAGAUAAUAAAACUCGUGGUAAUUAUUUCUUGUAGUUUAUACAAAUGCCUCACUAAAAAUAUGUCCCUUUUUUCUCAGAUUUGCAGGAGAAACAAGUAUCACAAUGUACAGCUAAACGCAUAUAUUAAUGGCGGAGCAGACGAGAUUGCUUUACAGGAAGUUCGUGAGAGAAAAACUACAAUAUAUCAACAAGCAAAAGAGGCAUCGGAUAGAUACCAAUUACCUCAGCCAACUGAGAAAACCUAG